AUCUUCCACGGGGAGGGUCCUCAGCAGCGCAAUGUUCGAUCGCCUCUCCGCCAUCCCCAUGUAGACUUCGCCUGCGGUCAAGUCGGCACCGAUGCAGUCGAAGGCUCGGAUCUUCUUCAUCUCCAUUAUUGUUUGGAGCUCGUCAUGGCCCCAUCCGUCUCUCGGCCUUACGGAACAAGCCUCGUGGGUGAACGCAGGCAGCCUGAUGCGGCCGUCGUCGAAGAUAGAACUUUGUUGGCGCACUGCCCCAUUACGGACACGAGCGUAUUCUAGAGUUCUACUUCAAUUCCAAGUUUAUGCGACUGGCCGACCACGAUGACGGUUUCCGUCGGCCGUGAGCGGAUCGUACGUAUGCCUUGUGAUGGGACUCCGUUUCAAUCGGUCCUAAUUUGAACCCGAACACCCAUCGUAUGCCCAUCGUCUGCCAUACACAGACGCUGU